AUGCCUCUCCCAAACACUCCUACCAGGGGUCAGCGUGCAAAGGAAUCCCCAGAGAAUGAUGCUCCAAUUGAAACCAGUGCUGGUAAGAAUGUGGCCAUGACGGAGAAAACCUCUAUUCUUCCACCAGUAUCACCUUUUUCUACUGGUGAAGGUUUGCCAUAUGCACCUGAAGGGUGGCCUAAUCCUGAUGAUGUAUGGACCUGGAAAGUGGGCAGAAGGACGACCAAGUCUGGCCAUUUUCAUGAUAGAUACCUGUAUCUUCCUAAAUCUCUUUUGACACCUGCUCGCAAGGCAGCAUGCUUCCAAAGCAAGCUAGAAGUGAUGCGGUAUCUUGAAUCAAAUUUUCCCAACAUGGAAUUGGAAGCAUUCUUUGCAUUAUUUAGCUGGCAGAUUCCGUCAACUGAGCUGUCCCCCACAAAAGCUGUACCACCAUCAUCCAUUACCCGUCCAGUGAAGUCACUGGAAACCAGAGAAGAUACCAAAGAAGAGAUUGGAACCCAGAGAAAGCUAAAACGGAAGGCACAAUACUGUAUUCAACCAACUCGGAAAUCUUUCAGAUUAGGUAAUGUUUGUCCUCGUUUACCACAUGUUGUUCAAGAUGCAAUUGAAAUCAUUGACUUGUGCUAUCUGGAUGAAGAGUCAGAAAUUGAGUCAGCUGAGGAUUUGAAAAACAACUCAGAUUCUGAGUUGUAUCAAACUUCACACAAUAGUAAUGGUCAACCUGAAAAUAGUUUUGUUGCUGUCUGUAAUGUGGGUGAUUCUAAAGAAGGAUCUGGUAUGCAGACAGCAUCAGAGAAACAUCCCAAUGUAACUAGUUUAGAAAAUUUUGACGACUAUCUUGAUACCUUGGAGGACUUGCUUGUUGUGCCUCCUACUGAGACUUCACAGUCUGAUCCCGUGAUUCAUGCUACCACUCUUGACAAUGAAAUGAUGGAAUGCUGCAAGGAAAAGCUUUCUUCCUUUCUAGCUAUGGACUUCCCUUCUUUGGCCUCUUGUAAUAAUGUUGUAGAAGUUGCCACGCUUGCAUCACAAAUUCGUAAAGAUCCUAGCCUUAGUGUUGAUCAACUGGCGAAGUUAAAGUUGGUGGAACAAAUUCCGUUAGUCAGUGAGGCUUUCCUGGAAGCCAAAGGGAACAUUGAAGAGGCAGACAAAUUCUUUGCUGACCUUGAGGCAAAGACACUUGAAGUUCCUAUUCUCAAAAACAAGUACAACGAUUUGAAGGACCAAGUAGCCCAUACAGAGGCAGAGAUAGACAAAAUCUCUAUAGCCAUCCAAGAAAUUGAUGAUCAAAUUUCGCAACUUCAUUCAAAACGGAACGAGAUAUCUAGUGCCUUUGAAACCAAGCAGAAGAGAAAAGCUGAGCUGACUUCUAGGCAAACAAUGGUUGCCUCCUCAAUUCCAACCAUUGUUCAUGAGAUUCAGCUUGGAUUAUCCGAAAAAUCAAAAUGGGAGCUGAAGAAAGCCAACUCUGCCCAGCGUGUAGCAGAGAUACAUGAGAAGUUCAUCACUUUAAGAGACACAACAUUUUAA